AUGCGCACGCGUUCUCAACCAAUAUCCCCCGGUGGCCUUGUGUCACUCGAAGCCGAGCCCCGCCGGAGGCGGGCAACUCGGAGUGUCUCUGCACAGCCGCAGGACACAGAGAAUGGCCAGCCGGCUGAGCCAGUGCCGGCUCAGGUGCCCAAGCCUGCCGCCAAGUCUCGCAAGCCUCGUGGCAAGAAAGCCACCCGUGGCAAGAAGACCGCGCCCGAGCCAGCAGCUGAGCCAGAGUUCGCGCCAGUGUCGUCCGCAUCACCUGCGGAAGGUGUGAAGCCAGAGGACUCACACGAGCAGGUGCCGAAUGCCGGAGACACGGCCUCCGACCCCCGGUGCGCCGAGGAAGUCCGUCCUGAGGAACCCUGGAGAAGAAUUCCCAUCCCUAGGACCGACUACCGCAGCUAUUCCAUUGAGGACUGUAAGUCGCAUUUCACUCAUUUCUUCAACGACCCCAGCCGGCGGCGUAUCUCCGAUUGGUUAGCGACACGCGCCUUGCAUCCCAAAUCCCAUCGCCCUCCGCCCUGGUAUGGGUUUCCAAAGGAACUCCGCGUGGCCUGGGAGGAGUUGUACCAGCAAAUGGUGUACGAAGGGAGAAUCAACCGUCGGCGAGCACUUCUCGCUAAGCCUCCAUCUGAGGAAGUAGACUUCGACCCCAGGCUUUGUCGUUUGCCUCCUAGAAGCCAACGUGUCGGCUUGCGAACGGCGGAAAAGCGCUCUGAUUCGGACCAUACUAGCCCAGGAAUGGUGGAACCUCCGCUGACACUUACUCCAGUCCCAAAAUCUAGGAAGCGCCCCCACGAAUCCCUUGACACGACUUCCACAAAGCGUCCGAAACGUUCGGGUCCUUCUCCUCGCUAUAACCCGCGAGCCUCUUAUGCCGAAAUCGCCAAUCGCCGCCGCGUCCAAGCCAGUGGACGUGUCGACCGAACCUUGUAUCGGCUUCCAGAACUGCUGGCGCAGAAUGAGGCGGAUGAGGUGACCAAUACCCCCAGCACUCCCCAGGCCGUUGGUACCCAAGAGAGCGUCCCUUCUGUUGCCGCUAACCCUCCUGCGACUGCGCCUCCGGUAGCUGAGACCGCUGGUUGGGGAAGAUGGUUCUACAACACCGUUUCGAGACGAUGGACUAGUUUCCGUGAGCGAUUCGGUAACCGUCCGGCCGUCAAUGCCACAGCCACUGCUGAGCCAGAGAUUCCUACCGCCACCGCUGCGGAGGAACAAGCGGAGGAAGAACUGGAUGUGGAGACUCCCUCCAACGACACACUUUUUUUCACCCCUCCGACCAGUCGACGCAUCCUUUCUCCAAAGUCUUACCACGACCGUCGUGUGCCGCGAAGAAGAAGAGCUCGCUCAAAUGCAAUCCCCCAAGAGCUUUUCGACAUUGUUUACGGACAAGUUGAUCCUGCUCUUCGUCCAAUCCGUUUGCCGGAUGGUACGCUUGUGAGACGCCCUCGACCGGAGGCUCCACCGUCAAAGAAGCGCAAGCGUCGACCGUCCCCGGAUAGAAUUCCCAACCCUGCGGGAUGCAGUUACGGCAUGGAUCUUGACUACUUUUACUUCGAUUCAGAGGACGAGAAAUGGGCCGAAGAAGAACAGGCACGACGUGAUGCGUUGGCCAAGGAGGCUGCGCAGAAUUUUGCGGACACUGCACCAGCAGAUGUCGAUCCUCCCUCGAAGGCCGAGGAGCCUGCACGCCCUGCCUCAAAGAAGGCAAAGAAGGUCCGCGUAGAGGAACCGCCCCGUCGUCAGGCUGGGCCUUCUCGCCGAUCGACCUCACCAAAUGCCCCACAGCAGCGUCCUGGGUUCAUUCCAAACCCGCAUGGCACAUUCCGAACUCCUGGGUGGUCUUCAUCUUCCGACGAGGCCACUAAUACCAGCGCCCUUUCCAAUGAUUCUCGUGCCGAGCCUGAACUUCCGAAGGAACCCUCUCCCGUGGCCAAAGCCCGGGACGAGCCUGUUGUUCCCAAGGAAUCUUCUCCGGUGACCAGAGCCCGGGACGAGCCUGUUGUUCCCAAGGAACCUUCUCCGGUGACCAGAGCCCGGGACAAUGCGGCGCAAUUCAAGCCCAAAACCCCCAGCCGUCUUCGCCAAGUUCACCGCUUCUCGAGUAGCACUGUUUUUUCGAGCUCUAUCAACACACCUUCCUUCCUUGACGCCGAAGUUGGCACCCCGUCUUACCUGUCACAUUUGGGUAAUGAUAUUGGAGGUACGCCUUCGCGCAUAUCUUCUACCGGCGAUCCGAUGUCUCUCUGCUCGGACGCCCCGACCAACGGUGCCGACUGGACGCAGCAACCAUUUCCCUCUGACGGCAAUUUCGACGAUUUUCACUGGCCAGCUCCGAGACCCCUUGCUGAAGGAUUCGGUGUCUCCCCCGCCGUGGUAGAAGCUGCAGCCAGUCUGCUGACACCAGAGAGAGCCGACGGGAUCCAUGCGACCUUCGAAGCUGCAUUCAAUGCCGAACUUUGA